AGUCACUGCUGCCGGGUGGUGCCUGUCUGCGCGUGCGCGGUUUUCUUGGCGAGAAAGCUUUCGCGGCUCGACUACUAUAUUCUUCUCCAAGCUCUAUCAGAAAAGUCAUUUUCUCUACAAACCCCAAAAUCCCGUAGAAGCCCUAAUCGAUCUGAACCAGAAGCCAUGAGCCGUGGAAGUGGAGGUGGAUAUGAUCGUCACAUUACAAUAUUCUCACCCGAGGGCCGCUUAUUUCAAGUCGAGUAUGCGUUCAAGGCUGUGAAAUCUGCUGGAACUACCUCGAUUGGUGUCAAAGGGAAGGAUUCGGUUUGUGUUGUGACUCAGAAGAAGGUCCCUGAUAAACUUUUGGAUCAGACAAGUGUCACUCACCUUUUCUCCAUCACCAAGUAUCUGGGUUUGCUGGCUACUGGCAUUACAGCUGAUGCCAGAUCGCUGGUUCAACAGGCAAGGAACGAAGCAGCUGAGUUUCGAUUCCGAUAUGGCUACGAGAUGCCUGUGGAUGUAUUGGCUAAAUGGAUUGCUGAUAAAUCACAGAUCUAUACCCAGCAUGCUUAUAUGAGACCACUUGGAGUUGUGGCAAUGGUUUUGGGCAUUGAUGAUGAGUAUGGGCCUCGGCUCUAUAAAUGCGAUCCUGCUGGUCAUUUCUUUGGUCACAAGGCCACUAGUGCUGGACUAAAGGAGCAGGAGGCCAUUAAUUUCCUUGAAAAGAAAAUGAAGAACGAUCCUGCUUUUACUUAUGAGGAGACAGUGCAGACUGCAAUUUCUGCACUUCAAUCAGUGCUGCAAGAGGACUUCAAGGCCAACGAGAUUGAGGUGGGUGUGGUUAGGUCGGAGAAUCCCAUCUUCAGAGUUUUGAGCACUGAAGAAGUUGAUGAGCAUUUGACUGCCAUUAGUGAGCGAGAUUGAUUAUUGUGAUGUGUGCAGAACACAAGCUGAAGCUACCUGGAAAAGCAAAUUGACAACAUCUUAACACCUCCAUUUCAGAUGUCGGUUAUCAAUGCGUUCUUUAUAUAUGCAAGUUCUUGAGGUACUUGCUUCUGAAUCUCUGUAGACGACGAUGUUGUUUCCUUAUUUAAAAAUGACCUUAAACCGUGCAUCUCUAGAAUUUGUGUUCUCAGAGGAACUCAUCAUGUUACAUGUGAGACAAAUAAACAAAGUUUCUGAUGGCCAAAAAUGAUGGGAAGGAGAUUAUGAACA